GCGCCGCCUAACGGGCGGCCGGGGGCGCCAAUCAGCGGGCGGCAGGGUGCCAGCCGCGGCGAAUCGGCGGGGCUCGCGGCCCGGGGUGGGAGGCGGGUCCAGCGCGCGGUCGCGGCGGCGGCGGCGGCGGCGGCGGAGGAGGAGCAGCAGCAGCAGCUCCGGGCCAGCAGGCAGCGAGCGCCGAGCGGGCCGCCCGGAGGUGGGUGCGCCGUGCCGCGCCGCGCCGCGCGCCGCGGAGGGCGCCGGGCGGAAGCGGAGGUUAGAUAAAGGAGACUAUCUUCUUGGUGUGGAUUGCUGUCUUUGAUAAGAACAUGUCGUCCAUCUUGCCAUUCACUCCACCAGUUGUGAAGAGACUGCUGGGAUGGAAGAAAUCAGCAGGGGGAUCUGGAGGAGCAGGGGGAGGAGAGCAGAAUGGACAGGAGGAGAAGUGGUGUGAGAAAGCAGUUAAAAGUUUGGUGAAGAAGCUAAAGAAAACAGGACGAUUAGAUGAGCUUGAGAAAGCCAUCACCACUCAAAAUUGUAAUACUAAAUGUGUCACCAUACCAAGCACUUGCUCUGAAAUUUGGGGACUGAGUACACCAAAUACGAUAGAUCAGUGGGAUACAACAGGCCUUUACAACUUCUCUGAACAAACCAGGUCUCUGGAUGGCCGGCUUCAGGUAUCUCAUCGAAAAGGACUGCCACAUGUUAUAUAUUGCCGAUUAUGGCGCUGGCCAGAUCUUCACAGUCACCAUGAACUCAAAGCUAUUGAAAACUGCGAAUAUGCUUUUAAUCUUAAAAAGGACGAAGUAUGUGUAAACCCUUACCACUACCAGAGAGUUGAGACCCCAGUUUUGCCUCCGGUGUUGGUACCUCGACACACUGAGAUCCUGACAGAACUGCCACCUUUGGACGAUUAUACCCACUCCAUUCCAGAAAACACUAAUUUUCCCGCAGGAAUUGAGCCACAAAGUAAUUAUAUCCCAGAAACACCACCUCCCGGCUAUAUCAGUGAAGAUGGAGAAACAAGUGACCAACAGUUGAACCAAAGUAUGGAUACAGGAUCUCCAGCAGAACUCUCUCCUACUACUCUUUCCCCUGUGAAUCAUAGUUUGGAUUUGCAGCCGGUUACUUACUCAGAACCUGCAUUUUGGUGUUCAAUAGCAUAUUAUGAAUUAAACCAGAGGGUUGGAGAGACCUUCCAUGCAUCUCAGCCCUCACUCACGGUAGAUGGCUUCACAGAUCCUUCAAAUUCAGAGAGAUUCUGCUUAGGUUUACUCUCCAACGUCAAUCGAAAUGCUACAGUAGAAAUGACGAGAAGACACAUAGGAAGAGGUGUGCGCUUAUAUUACAUAGGUGGGGAAGUCUUUGCUGAGUGCCUAAGUGAUAGUGCAAUCUUUGUGCAGAGCCCCAACUGUAAUCAGAGAUACGGCUGGCACCCUGCAACAGUGUGUAAAAUCCCACCAGGCUGUAAUCUGAAGAUCUUCAACAACCAGGAGUUUGCUGCUCUUCUGGCCCAGUCCGUUAAUCAGGGGUUUGAAGCCGUGUAUCAGCUAACUAGAAUGUGCACCAUAAGAAUGAGUUUUGUUAAAGGCUGGGGAGCAGAAUACCGGAGGCAAACAGUUACAAGCACUCCUUGCUGGAUUGAACUUCAUCUGAAUGGACCUCUACAGUGGUUGGACAAAGUAUUAACUCAGAUGGGAUCCCCUUCAGUGCGUUGCUCAAGCAUGUCAUAAGGCUUCGUCACCAAUCAAGUCCCAUCAAAAGACUUUUGUAACAACUCUUCUGUCAUAGUAUUUGUGUGUGGUUCCCCAUGGACUGUUUACUAUCCAAACAUUCAAGAAAGAAAACAGCACUUGAGGUCUCAUCAAUUAAAGCACCUUGUGGAAUCAGUUUCCUAUAUUCGAAUAUUAGAUGGGAAAUUUAGUGUCUAGAAAUUCCCUCCCAUAAAGGAGGAAGAGAAUUUAAAGACUUAACUGAUGUCUUGUUGGGCAUAAAACGGAGUGUCCCAAAGGUUUAUUAAUAACAAUAGUAGUAACGUGUACAGGUAAUGUAUCAUGAUACAGUAUCACAGUAUUGUGCUGUUUAUAUACAUUUUUAGUUUGCAUAAAUUAGGUGUGUGUGCGUGCGUGUGUGUGUGUGUGUGCGCGUGUGUGUGUGUGUGUGUGUGCCCUGCUUCAUGAUUUAGGCAAGCCCUUAUAAAGUUACAGUACCUAGUCUGUCAUUCCCACUUCUCCGUUAUUUUUAUGUCUUUUUUUAAUAUAUAAUAUAUAUAUCAAGAUUUUCAAAUUAUCAUUUAGAAGCAGAUAUCCCUUCUAGGAAAACUAAUUUUUCUGCCUUUUACCAAAAAUAAACUCUUGGGGGAAGAAAAGUGGA